AUGAAUAUCUUACUAAUUGUAUUAUUAAUUAAUUUAAUUGAUGCUCAACUUAAUUUGUAUCUUGAUUCAGUUUCUGUUGAACAAUUAUUUGAAUUAAAAGAACAUCGAUUGUAUUUUAUCAAUGGAAAUCAAAUUCGACAAUCAGCAUUUGAGUCAUCUUUAUUAGUAUCUGCUAAUAUUCAUUUUGUUGAAUUUACUUGGAAUAACGAAAGACUUGAUAUUGAUACAGUAUGUUAUAUAAAAUGUAUUUUAUAA